UGCAUCAAAAUCAGUAGAUGCCGAACGAAGAGUUUACCUAUGAGCCGGAAAACGAAGGAGUGAUCCUUUCUUCGACGCAAGGAACACUAAAUCAGAAAAAACGACGACGAAGAGCAGCGGUUUGCAAAAGAAACGACGAGAAAGCAGGGGUGUGACGACAUCGAAGAGAACGAGUUGCAACAGAAGGAGCGGACUGGACUGGAGGAGUUGUCGAAUCGUGGCAAGAAGAGAACGUUUUGGAUAGUCAAAUCCAAUUGGGUGUGUUCCAGUGUCCUGAUGUCAGCCGAUACCAUGGGCAGCGGCAACGCGGGCAAUCCCAAUCAGAACCCGGGCAAUGGCUAUGGUGGAAACUCUGGAGCUCCCGGCGACAACGAGAAGGACUGGCGGGAGUUGGUUUCCGUUGAUCUGCGCAACCAUCUAGUCCGCGCACUGGUGCAGGGCAUUUGCCCCACCUCAGAUCCCACCACUAUGGAGGACAAACGACUCCACAAUCUCGUCUCGUACGCGGAGAAAGUCGAGAAUGACAUGUACGAGAUGGCCAAGUCUAGAUCUGAGUACUUUCACCUGCUGGCAGAGAAGCUCUACAAGAUCCAGAAGGAGCUUGAGGAGAAGAGGCUGAAGCGCAAGGAGCAACAGCAGAUGCAGCACAUGAUGAACCAGCAGCACCAGCAGGUAAAUCUGAUGCAGCAGCAGGGCGGACUCGGUGGACCAGGCACUGGACCCCAUCAGUGUAUGUCCAACAUAGAGAACGCAACCAUGAUGCUGCAAAGCCUUUCUCUAAUGUCGCCCGGCGUCUCCACGCAGGGAGGAAUGCAAUGGCAGGAACAGCAGCAACAGCAGGAGCAACAGCAACAGCAUCAGCAGGAGCAACAUCAUCAGCAAUAGGUGAUGCAGCAAACCAAGCAAAACCAAACAAAGCAAACAAAAACUAACAACACUGUAAUCAACUAAAUACUUUGUUUGAAACUGUAAAAUAAAUUGAAAUAAAAAUUCUGAAAUCAAAACGAAA